UUUGAUAUUUGUAACUAAAACAGAAAUUUUACAGAUUUUAGAUUACUAGUUAGAUAAGAGGGACUUCAAACAGAAUGACUGGGGGAGCCGGUGACAAAACCGUCGAAUACUUAACCACCGAUCACCUAAUGGCGGUGAUCGCCGACGAGGACACUUGCGUUGGCUUUUUGCUUGGCGGAAUCGGCGAAAUUAACAGUGCCAACGAGCAAAAUUUCUUCGCCGUGACCGACUCAACUCCCGAUUCGGAAAUAGAGAGACAGUUCAAGACGUUCAUGAACCGAAAAGACAUCGACAUCAUUUUAAUAUCAUACGAAAACGCAAACAAGAUAAGGAACACCAUCGAAUCGUAUCAGAAUGUAUCGAUACCGGCUGUGAUUGAAAUACCUUCGAAAACCGACCCGUACGAUCCGAAAGAUGAUUUGACGUUGAAGACCGCUUCGCAGUGGCUGAUGUGACUGUGAGAUGGUUAACCCCUUGCUUGUCUUUACUGGUGUGUUGGAAUUGAAUAAUAAUCGAAAAUUUAUAAUUGAUCUAUUAUUUGUCGUGUGUAAAUAAAAUUUCGUAAGUAGACUUGUCA